AUGCCGAACUCAGUUCCGACCUCCACGCACACUAAGCCAAAGACACACCUAUGUGGUAAUGCGACAGAAAUGAAAGCCCUCGCUCUAAGGCGCGCUGUUGAGGGGGAGCUCAUAGCUUAUAGCCUGAAAUUCCUUGAGCAAUCCCAAGGACCGCCAAACUCUUCACAGAAAAUGAGCAGCACCUACCGCGGCCAGGAAUAUAGCGACCUGGCACUCUGA